UCGAUCGGCCGUCCCACUCAUGAAAACCGAUCCAGAAAGGAAGUGCAUGUUUAAGAAACCUUAGUCUCGUCUGUGGGCUGUUUUGUUUGUGAUUUUAACUUUUUUUUUUUAUUUGUCAAUCUGUUAGACGCGAGCGGCCGUCUUGACAGUUUUCCGCCGCCUGCCCUAUUCCAGGAUUUUUCUACCGACCAUGCUCACCUUCAGCAGUUGUGCGUCUAUUUGAGUAGCCAUGGCCUCUUCUCUCUUCUUCCUCGUUUGUUUACAAGUUUUAAUUAUAAAUACUGGAUUAUGCUCUAUUGGAGGAUUGUCGGAAGACGAAGAGUCACUCGAUAAAGACCCAGAGCCAAGUGAAUCAAACCAAAAACUCCUGCACCACCAUCAGAGAGUGGUUGCAAAAAAGAAAUUCAAAUGUCUUUCUUGUGAACCACCAGAUUGUUCCGAUAAUCUCACGUGCACUGAUGCUGUUCAGUGUUAUAAAUACUCAUGGCAAAAGCCUGAUGGCACCAUGGAAAUAGCUCGUGGUUGUUCAAAGGAUGCGGAUAAAGCUCGUCUCAUAUGUACUGCAAAUCCACUCCCUGAAAAAGAAAAAUAUUCAAUAAAAUGUUGUGAAGGAGAUUUAUGCAACAACGGCUCUUUUCCAGCUCUCGAUUUUAGUUUAUAUGCAGCAAAUGAUAAAAUUCAUGAUGACACUUAUGUUUGGAAAUUGGUAUUUGCUAUUGUUGGACCUGUUAUAGUACUUUUUAUCAUUGGGACAUUAGUUUUAUUCUUUCUAAAGAGGAACCAUACAAAAAGAACGGAUAUGUCACCACCUGGGGCACGUACUACUUAUUCAGCGCUUUCCGAUGAAUUGAUGGUAGUAGAUACAGCUUUGAAGGAUGGUUUUUAUGACUUGACAUCUGGAUCUGGCAGUGGGUUACCACUGCUGAUCCAACGGACGCUGGCAAAACAAAUCUCUUUGGCUGAAUGUAUUGGAAAGGGAAGAUACGGAGAAGUUUGGAGAGGGAUCUGGCAUGGAGAAAAUGUUGCUGUUAAAAUUUUCUUCUCAAGAGACGAAGCAUCUUGGACAAGAGAAACAGAGAUUUACAGCACGGUUUUAUUACGUCACGAAAACAUUUUAGGUUAUAUUGGCUCUGAUAUGACUUCCCACAAUUCAUGCACUCAACUGUGGCUCGUGACCCACUAUCACGCUAAUGGAAGUCUUUAUGAUCACCUUGGGAGGACAAGCCUGUCGCAUAAACAGGCAUUGGCACUUGCCAUAUCGCUCAUGGCUGGCCUGGCACACUUACACACAGAGAUUUUGGGAACACAGGGCAAACCUGCAAUAGCACAUCGUGACAUCAAAAGCAAAAAUAUCUUAGUGAAAGGUAAUGGUGUUUGUGCUAUUGCUGAUUUUGGACUGGCAGUGACCCAUACACAAUCCACUGGGCAAACUGAAAUUGCACCGAAUACAAGAGUUGGAACAAAACGAUAUAUGGCACCAGAGGUUCUUGAUGAAACGUUAGAUAUUAAUUGCUUUGAAGGAUUAAAGAGAGUCGACAUGUAUGCUGUGGGGCUGGUUUUGUGGGAACUAGGUCGGCGAAUAAUUAGCAAUGGUAUUGUGGAAGAUUAUCAGCCUCCCUUUUAUGAUCGUGUUGGCUCAGAUCCUAGUUUUGAAGAAAUGAAAAAAAUUGUUAGCAUAGACCAACAGAGACCUGUACUUCCUAAUCGAUGGGCCUCAGAUCCUGUACUCUCCGGCCUUAGCAAAUUGAUGAGAGAGUGUUGGCAUCACAAUCCUAAUGCAAGACUGCCAGCAUUAAGAGUGAAAAAGACUCUUCUUAAACUGUAUUCUACUAUUGAAAAUUCUAACCACAAUCCUCCUAAAUUGUACUGACAGGAUGGAAAGAAAACCCCUGAUCAAUUAUAAAUAAACAAAACAACAUAUCUUCAAAUAAUU